UUAAUAGUUUCCAGCGGUGGGUUUCAGUACGACUCCAAAGCCUUUUUAUUUUCACUGGUAAACAAGCCAGGAUGGGCACCUGUUAAACUGCCUCAGACAGGGAAAUACAGUUCAAGCACAAGAUAUUCCUUACAUUUUUACCCUUCAUAUGGCCCUACAUUCGGAGGAGGAUAUGACAUUAAAUUGUCCGACUACGCCUCAUCCAAUACCAAUUCUUACAGCAGACUUGGCUAUACUUACGGCCCUCCUAGAGGAUACAGCUUGGGCAGCACUUUCGCCCAAACAUUUAUGGCAGGAUCACACCACUUCCAACCAGACGAAAUAGAAACAUUUUACGAAACAAUCUAA